UGCGCAGUCUCUAGGCUCCGCCCCUUUCCCCUCCCUCCACCAUCUUUCUUACGGUCAACAUGGCCGCUCCCUGUGUGUCCUGCGGCAGAGUGCUUUCCCUUCGCCUUGCUCACGCUGUUAGGGCUACUCUCUGCCAGAGGCCCGGCUACUGGACAGGCUCGGCGGUCGGCUGGCAGACGGGGCCCAGGUUCCAGCUAUUAAAGCUAAUACAUACCACAGUUGUAACAACAAAGAAAAGCGCCCAAGCCUCAAGACAGGAAUCAAAUGCAGAAGAUUUUAUUAAAAAGCAGAUUGAAGAAUUCAACAUAGGGAAGAGGCACUUAGCCAACAUGAUGGGAGAAGACCCGGAAACUUUUACUGAAGAGGAUAUUGAUAGAGCUAUUGCUUACCUUUUUCCAAGUGGUUUGUUUGAGAAGCAAGCCAGGCCAAUGAUGAAGCAUCCUGAACAGAUUUUUCCAAAACAAAGAGCAAUCCAGUGGGGAGAAGAUGGCCGUCCAUUUCACUUUCUCUUCUAUACUGGCAAACAAUCAUACUAUUCAUUAAUGCAUGAUGUAUAUGGAAAGGUCAUCCAGCUAGAAAGGCACCGAGGUCCACUUUCAGAGAACACUGAGUCCAGAGACCUGAUUGGCAGCAGAUGGCUGAUUAAGGAGGAACUAGAAGAAAUGUUAGUGGAAAAACUGUCAGAUCAAGAUUAUGUACAGUUCAUCCGACUGCUGGAAAAGUUAUUGACAUUGCCGUGCGGUCCUGCCGAAGAAGAAUUUGUGCAGAGGUUCCGCAGAAGUGUAACUGUUCAAUCAAAAAAGCAACUGAUUGAACCCGUGCAGUAUGACAAGCAGGGCAUGGCCUUCAGCAGCAGCGAAGGCAGGAGGAAGAGUGCCACAGCACAGGCAGUUGUUUAUGAGCAUGGAAGUGGGAAGAUCCACGUGAACGGGGUUGACUAUCUACUUUACUUUCCCGUCACACAGGACAGAGAGCAGUUGAUGUUCCCUUUCCACUUCCUGGACCGGCUGGAAAAACAUGAUGUAACUUGCACAGUCUCUGGGGGAGGGAGAUCAGCGCAGGCAGGAGCCAUACGCUUGGCAAUGGCCAAAGCUUUAUGCAGCUUCAUCUCUGAGGACGAAGUUGAGUGGAUGAGACAAGCUGGACUACUUACUCCUGAUCCCAGGAUCAGAGAGCGGAAGAAGCCAGGCCAGGAGGGUGCCCGAAGAAAGUUCACCUGGAAGAAGCGCUGAGACUUUUCACAGGAGAGUGAGGAGCUCGGCAUCUUUGUGCCUGGUUCAUCGUGGAGCACAGUCACAUAUACUGACCAAGGGAGGCAGCAUUUAUACACUGUAUUGAGUUUAAGUUAUGACAUGAUUUAUUUUUUAGUGCUAUUUUGUAUGAUUGCCAUUGAAAAUAAUAAAAAGAAUGUUGGUGUCGUUCUCCCUUUUUUAUUUUAACUUUUUAAAAAAUACAGCAGUGUAACUUAAAUCUUUGCAAAUUGGACAUGAAAGUUAAAGCUACCUCACUACGCAGGUGAAGCUCUUCCUUGAACGGUGAGUUGGCCUACUGGAAGCAGACCAUUGCUCACAGAUGCUAGCUUGUUGUCCCAUAAGGUAGUUCUUGCAGUGUGCUUUUGGAAUUGAGAGCUAAGAGUUCAAAGAUUGGGAGGAUUUGGUUACAACAGGAGCUCAGCAGAGUUAUCGAGCUCUGAGCUCCCAGCGUUGGGUGGCUGGUGAGGCUACAGUGGGGGGCUCAGUUCAGCUUUCAGUUUCUGGACAGAAGAGGGAAGAGGCUGGGCUCAUUUUGGAUUAGUUUGGAAUUUGGGUUUUAUAAAUUUUUAAUCAUGUAUUUAAGGUAUACAAUAGAGUAUUUUGGUGUACAUAAUGAAAGGUUUAAUGCAAUCAAGAGAAAUAACACAUCCAUCAUCUCAAAUGGCUCCCUUCUUUGUGCAUGGAAUGAGAAGCAGACUGCUAACCUGUAUGCUGUACAUAAGCUAUGUAGACUCACUCUUCCUUCCUACGGUGCUGAGACUUGAUCGGGGUCUUCUCAUUUGUCCUACCACACCAACCCCCAAAUGCUACUAUUGUAAAUACUACAGUUGUACUAUUUCUCACAGUUCAACUUUGAUAGACUCCACAGCUAAGUAAAAUUGUGUG